UGUAAACUUAAGCACCUCCCCUGACCGACUUCCUGUUUCCAAGCAUAAAUUGUUUUAAUUUAUUUAUUAUUUUUAUUUACAGGCUGCGCCUUUUUUCUCUCGAUAUGUUCGUGCUGCGUGAACGUUUGGACGAUUUAAGGUUGUUGAAACCGCCCAUACUGGAUUGAAAGUUAUUUUUUCCCCUCGCGUUUGGUGAAGGCUGGAUGAAGGAGAAGCGGAGGCGGCUGUAAACUGGUGCAGACUGGUUAGUACUGACUCUGCAUGUAGGAGAAAGCAGAGGACGGGACAAGGUGUUCAUGCGCAUCAUGUGAAUGGUCCUAUUGUCUUUUCUUUUAAUAGGGAGGAAAACAUUCAUCUAUUUUCCAGUCGUUUUUUCCCUCCACCCUAAUAAUGAGGACACGAAAGGACAUCAGUGUGCGUGGUGUUGCGCAGUCUUGUCACUACGCCAAGAUGAAAGGGAGAUAGUGGAUGGUGGAUCUUAAGCAGACUAUGCUUUAGGAUGCAAAAUAGGCAGUAUCCGUAAAAAAAGGAACGACACUGAGGGGAAGCAGUGGGGCUCGGAAGGUUGUAGCUCAGUGGUUAAGCCAUUGGACUCUGGAUCGGAAGAUCAUAGAUUCAAAUCCCUGCUGCUACUGCUGGGUUGUAAGUCGCUCUGGGAAUGUUCACCCUCACAGAAGUUGCCUCUUUGAACGACAUCCAGCCAACCUAUCGAAUUUUGAAACCAUGGUGGGAUGUGUUUAUGGAUUAUUUGGGCAUUGUAAUGCUCAUGGUGGCAAUAUUUGCUGGAACAAUGCAGUUAACCAAAGACCAAGUUGUUUGCUUGCCUGUUCUGGAUUCGUGGGAAGAGUCCGUCACCACACAGAAGCCACCAGAAACAGCUUCUGGCCUCGGGACAGGAGGAAAUAGAGUGACGUUAGCAGCUGCACCUUUAGUGAGCAAAGACCAGCCUGAUACAGUUGUCCACCAACUACAUUUCUCUCAGCCAGCAGCAAUCAUACAGCCUCAGCCAACAGGGUUGAAAACAAACAUGGACUUUCAGCAGUAUGUCUUUGUGAACCAGAUGUGCUAUCACAUUGCCCUCCCCUGGUAUUCAAAAUACUUUCCUUACCUUGCUCUCAUUCACACAAUUGUCCUUAUGGUCAGCAGCAACUUUUGGUUCAAGUACCCCAAGACAAGUUCAAAAAUUGAGCAUUUUGUGUCGAUUUUGGGGAAGUGUUUUGAGUCCCCUUGGACCACUAAAGCAUUGUCUGAGACAGCUUGCGAAGACUCUGAGGAAAAUAAGCAAAGGAUGACUGGAGGCCUCUCAUUACCCAAGCAUUUAUCCAACAGCAGUGAGGACGGGUGUCCAAGCCCAUCCACACCAAUGCAAGGAAAAUCCAGUGUUAAAUUUUCUACUGAAAAGCCUGUAAUUGAAGUUCCGAGCAUGACAAUAUUGGACAAGAAAGAUGGUGAGCAAGCUAAGGCACUUUUUGAAAAAGUGAGGAAGUUUCGUGUGCAUGUUGAAGACAGUGACUUGAUCUACAAACUCUAUGUCGCUCAAACUGUAAUUAAGACAGUCAAGUUUAUUCUGAUCCUGUGUUACACAACAACGUUUGUUGCAUACAUUGACUUUGAACAUGAUUGUAACCCUAAUGUUAAACAUUUAACUGGCUACACCAAAUUCCAAUGUACUCAUAAUAUGGCAUUCAUGUUGAAAAAGCUUCUUAUUAGCUACAUUGCCAUCAUUUGUGUUUAUGGCUUGAUAUGCAUUCACACCCUUUUUUGGUUAUUUAGGCGGCCCCUAAAGGAGUACUCAUUUGAGAAGGUAAGAGAGGAGAGCAGCUUUAGUGACAUACCGGAUGUAAAGAAUGACUUUGCCUUCCUCUUGCACAUGGUAGACCAGUAUGACCAGUUAUACUCUAAACGCUUUGGUGUCUUUCUCUCAGAGGUCAGUGAAAACAAACUGCGGGAAAUUAGCCUGAAUCAUGAAUGGACAUUUGAGAAGCUACGGCAGCAUGUGUCACGGAAUGUACAAGACAAAUUAGAGCUCCAUUUGUUUAUGCUCUCAGGUGUUCCUGACGCAGUAUUUGACCUCACAGACCUUGAGAUAUUGAAGCUCGAGUUAAUCCCUGAAGCACGGAUAACAGCAAAGAUUUCCCAGAUGAUCAACCUUAAAGAGCUGCAUUUGUAUCACUGCCCCUCCAAAGUUGAGCAGACUGCAUUCAGUUUUCUUCGUGAUCACCUACAGUGCCUUCAUGUCAAGUUUACAGAUGUUGCAGAGAUACCCCAAUGGGUUUACUUGUUGAAGAACUUGAGGGAGCUCUACCUGGUGGGUAACCUCAACUCUGAAAAUAACAAGAUGAUUGGCUUGGAAUCCCUCAGGGACCUGAGGCAUCUGAAAGUGUUACAUCUGAAGAGCAACCUUACUAAGGUCCCAACAAACAUAACAGACUUAGCCCCCCAUCUGGUUAAACUCGUUGUACACAAUGAUGGUACUAAGCUCUUGGUAUUGAAUAGUUUGAAAAAGAUGAUGAAUCUUGCUGAACUUGAGUUGCAUAAUUGUGAACUGGAAAGGAUACCACAUGCCAUUUUUAGUUUGACAAAUUUACAAGAGCUAGACUUGAAAUCGAACAAUAUUCGUACUAUUGAGGAGGUUAUCAGUUUCCAACACUUGAAAAGGUUUACCUGCCUCAAACUUUGGCACAACAAAAUCAUCACCAUUCCACUGUCAAUAGGUCAAGUAAAGAACCUUGAAUCCCUUUAUCUUUCUCACAACAAACUAGAGUCGUUGCCUGCACCUUUGUUUAGUUUACCUAAGCUAAGAUAUUUGGACUUAAGUCACAACUCCAUUAUAGUGAUUCCAACAGAGGUAGGAUUCCUGCAGAACCUCCAAUAUUUUGCAAUCACAGGAAACAAGGUGGAAUUGGUGCCCAAGCCACUGUUCAAAUGCACCAAGCUGCGUACACUUUGUUUGGGCCAAAACUGUAUCGCUUCCUUGCCAGAGAAAAUUGGCCAGCUGGUGCAACUGAUACAUCUAGAGUUAAAGGGAAACUGCCUGGACCGCAUUCCAGCACAGCUUGGACAGUGCAGACUCUUGCGUCGAAGUGGCCUGAUUGUGGAGGAUCACCUAUUCGACUCUCUGCCGUUAGAGGUCAAAGAUAGCAUUAAUCAGGAAAGCAAUGUUGCGUAUGCCAACGGACUGUAGGUGUUUAGUAGAGUCGGGUCACUACAUCUUUUUUGCUGGCCCUUCUUUUGACCAAAAUCUGUUAUCCAUGUUAAAUGCGAUUUAAAAUUUAGGACAGUGCUCUCUUUAUUACUUUGGUUUGUACCAAGUUUGUCAACUGGUGAGAAAUAUUUGGCUCAGGACUUGUUGCACCUGAAUGAAACACUUUAUACGAUUAGAAUUUCCCAAGCAUAUCAAAACUGAUUGUAAACUAAACAAGGUAGUUUAGUUUAAUAUUUUCUGAUGUACUAAAAACGCAAAAAUUAUGAAUGCAAUAUUUUUUGCCCCUGAUACAAAGCCAACAGUUUAAUGUUAGUUAAAGUACAAAUUGCUCUUUUUUUUGCCAUCUUUUGUUUGUUUAUGCUUCCAUGUUUUGCAUUUUAACUAAUAGCUUUCCACACAGCACAACCCACAUUGUGGUGCAGUUACUGACUGUAUUUAUUCAUUUUUGUAAGAAAUCCACAAAACAAACAAACAAACAAACAAAAAACGUGUAUGCAAAAAAAUUUUAAAGAACCAUUAGUGCACCCAAUGCAUGGUCCAUGCUGCUCAUAACAUUUCAGCAUAGAAAUUAUUGUUCUAUUAUUUAUUCUUUUACUGUUCUACUUGAACAUGUUUGUCGACAUGUAUAAAAUCUAAAUUUAUGUGAGAAAAAAAAUACUGCUUAACAUUGUACUUGUUACGUGAGAAAGAAUUGCUUGUACUUUAUACAUUUUCUUUGCUUUAUAAACAGUUUACUUGCGUGUUUCAGUUACCGGGCUAUAUGCUAUUUGCUAUGUUGGCUACAUUAAACUGUAUACUCUUAGCUUUUAAGAAGUUAAGGCUGAGAGUGAAUCUGAA